GCGUACUGGGGGGGCGGGGUUGAUAUCGCUACAAGAAAACCAAAACAAAAAGGCUGAACUGCCGGCUGAUGGUACGUAGCGGUGUAUCCUAAAAUAAGAGCCAUGAAUCCUGACGCUGCUUCUGUGGAACUACUUCGAGGGCUCUCGAAAAGAUCCUUGUGCAGCAGUGGUCCUUCCCAGAGUAAUGACAGUGACUCUUGGAGAGGUGGCGAUUUGUUUUCAAGCUGCAAUCAGUCAAAGAAUGAUCCGUAUGGAGAACAUGAGGACACCGGUUUGGAGGAACUGAAGAUGGCAAUAUCACCACACAUCUAUUACACAGCUGAAUUACCCAUUCCUUUGAUAUCUGGUCAGAUCCUAGUUCCAAAGCACAGAAAACCCUUAGAAGAAGCCAAUAUAGAUGAAGCCGUGGCAGUAGCAGCGCUUACCAGUCUGUCCACCAGCCCCGCGAUCAUGUGUCUCAAUUCUGGAACCACCAGAUCAGUUUGUAAAGAGAGCAUAGCCAUGUCCUCUAGUUACAGUAGCAGUACCACCAGCAGCCACUGGAGCUGGGAUAUGUCAAGUGACCAGUCCAUUCCAUCCACUCCUUCUCCUCCACUGCCCACAGAGGUCACCAAGAACCUCUGUUCUUCCUUCCAGUUUGAUGAUUGCAUAGAUGAUGCAGAGAUGACACAUUUCCUCUUUGAUGAAGCAGUUCCCAGAAAAAGGAAGAACUCUGGGAAAGUGAUGUUCCGAUGCUUGUGGAAAAACUGUGGGAAGGUACUUAGCACAGCUUCUGGGAUGAAGAGACACAUUCGUACCAUGCAUUUAAGCCAUGAUGGAGAUUCUGAUCACAGCGAUGGGGAAGAAGAUUUCUACUACACUGAAGUUGCUGCAAAUCUGGACUCUCUGAUAGAUGGCUUGUCAAGCUUGACACCUGCAUCUCCAACCUCCUCAGUGCCACUACCUGCGUUUCCUAUUAAUGAAGUGCCAAAGACCGACAUGGUAGCCAUUUCAACAGCAAUUGAACUGGUAACUCCUUUGAGCCAGUCUGCACCUACAAAGUUGUGCCACAUUAAAGCUGAUCAUGCAUAUCAGGCAGCAGUACCUUUCAGUUUUCCAGUGUCCUCACAGUUUGUACCCAGCAUGAACAGGAUCAGCAUUUCAUGGCAGUCCCCAACUGUGAUUGUAAGAGGAAGCCCGGGCUCAUUUGGCAUUGGAGAGAAAUACCCACAGCUCACACAUACAGCUGACAUCAAGGCUCAAGAAAUAGUAUCUCAUGUGCCAAAGCUGACUGCAGGAACAAGAAAAUCGAGGGGUGAAGCAAAGAAAUGUCGCAAAGUGUAUGGCAUGGAUAAUCGUGACAUGUGGUGCACAGCAUGCCGCUGGAAGAAGGCAUGUCAGAGAUUUCUUGACUGAACUUUUUCCAUGCAUAUAAAUUGCACAGAUUCUGCAUCUCUUUUUCCAUGGCAUUCAGACAGAAGCGGCAGCCUCUAAUGUUUCUGGUUACCAAACAAAGAUCAAGAAGGCUUUGGAGUGGUUGGGUGGCCAGUUACAUUUAUGCUUUGGUUUAAUUUUCAUUUUUCCAGUGUUAACAUGAAUGCUAAAGCUGCCAUAUUCUUGAUGUGUCAGCAGUCUUCAUUUCUGCUGACCUAAAAUUCAGUGUUUAGAGCUUUUGUUAUAGUAGGCAAGGAGACAGAGAGAGAGAGAGUUGUAAGCACCUUAAACCAAGAGUUAUUUGAUCCAUUUUAAGUGCCUGUUAGCAGAUUUUUACAGCCAAAGUUCUUAUAACAGCAAGUGAAUAGGUUUUGGGAUGCUGGGGGGGGGGGGGUGAUUGACUGUUGUACACUAGAGCUUUUAUUAUGUUUUAAGUGAGGACAAAGUUCUUCUGUUAUAUUUUUAUAUAAAAAAGAAAGGAAAAUAUUUUGGCAAACCUUUAACUUUUUGGCCAUUUAGAAGUGAUUUUAAGAACAGAAAAAUAUUUAACACCAUUUAGGUAAGCUAUUUCUUUUUAUAAAAAAAGGAAGUAAAUGCCAACUGUUAAAUUUUGCUUUGAAAAAUACUUGAUACUACUUGGAGUAAGCUAUUAUUGUACCGCUGUGUUUUUAUUUUCCAAAAAAGAUAAGAAAAUCUGCUUUAUACCAAAACAUUAGAAAAUAUCUCGUCAUUUAGAAAAUAUGGAGAACCAUUUUUUGUAGCACUCAGUGUCUUAGACAAUCAACAGAGGUUGAGUUUUUAUAAACAAAAGCAGGUUUCUUUUUGUAUAGAAAAGUGAAUCAUAGCAAGUGAAAUUCACACAGUUUUACUUUUUAUUUUAUGCUCUUCUGUUAAUGCUUUUUGCAUAUGAUGAUUUUCUAAUUCUUGCUGCCUGUAAAAAAUUGUUCCAUACUGACUUGAAUGGUAAUGAAGAUAACAAGGGCUUUUGCAGUUUCCCAGUUGGUAAAUAUGCCAUGCUCAUAAAUUGCACUUGUAGCAUUGUGCAAGCCAUUUUGAUGGUGUUGCCUUUGUGAAUGUUUUCAGUGUAUACUGUGAAUAAUUAAAUCUGCAAAGAGUGUU